UGUCUUUCUCUCUCUCUCUCUAUUUCUCUCUCUGUGUCUCUCUGUCUUUCUCUCUCUCUCUCUAUUUCUCUCUCUGUGUCUCUCUGUCUUUCUCUCUCUCUGUGUCUCUCUGUCUUUCUCUCUCUCUGUGUCUCUCUGUCUUUCUCUCUCUCUAGACUCUACACAUGUACCUCAGUGUUUGUGGCUUGAUGAUUAGUUGAAUCAGGUCAGGUGUUUUACUACUGGGCUGGAACAAAAAUGUGCACUCCUGUUGGCACUCAGUCUCUCCAGCAUACCUUUUAAUACCAUUUUAAGUCUGGUCUUCAGACUCCUCUCUGAGAGUAAUUAGAUGAAGACAAUCUCUCUCUCUCUGACACAAAAAGCUUCCUGUUUUUUUUUGUAUAUAGUUGGAUGUGGUUGAAAUGUAAUAUUUGAUCUUACAGAUGUUGUAUACAGGGGUAUGAAUACUUUUGCAAGGGACUACAGCCCCAAUUGGCCCUGGUUAAAAGUUGUGCACUUUAAAUAUAUAUUUAUAUAUAUAUAGAGAGAGAGGAUGCCAUUUAGGUUGAUUCCCAUCCCCUGGCCUUGACUCCAGACUCGAACCUUAUUGAUUCAAUAUAUGCAUGGAUGGACACCUGUUCUGCUCUGCUUCCUUCUCGCUCUCUUUUUACCGUCUUGAUUAUGUGGAUUUUUAUCUGCGCCAAACUUGGUGCAAAACCACGCCCACGAGUAGCCGAGCAAAAGCCGCGCUGAUUGGACAGCUUGUUCUGACGUUCCUUUUCAGGAAGUAAACGCGACAUUUUCGGGUUUUGCUAUAUAAGCUGGUAUCAAAAAAUAAGAAAAGUAACUCCUAGCGACAUCAACGGACUGCAAAGCGUUAGUGGUUUACCUCGCAGCCUGUGGACUGAAGAUUAUCGACACUGCUGGAAAUAUUUUCAAGCUAUUAGCUAGCAAGUUUACAUUUGCAAGUAGCUAGCUAGCUAGUCGAGUGUGCUGCUGUGCUGAGACGGACAAACCAUCAUCAACGGUAUUGCUAACGAACGUUUAACAUCAACUAAAAGAGCUUUCCCCGUUGUCACGUGCGCUACCGUCGCCGCUCCAAAUAUGCCUCGCGAGUGCUCUGUUAAAACGUGCGACAACAAGCAAAAGACCUGGUCGGCUCUAAUGUUUCACCGACUUCCACUGAGUCAUCCGGACCGAUUGAAACGGUGGCUGAUUGCUCUGAACAAAGAUGCUAAUACCGCGACCGACGACCUCAGAAAGUUACUCGUUUGCUCGGAACAUUUUCUACCGGCGGACUAUUACGAGAAGCUGGGACAGGACAGACACAGCAGGAUGAGAAUCAUGAAAAGUUUCCUGAAGGAUACAGCGGUGCCGUCGGUGGCCGUUCACACGCCAGGACAACGUGGAAUAAUUUCGGUUGAGACAGGAGACGUACCUCCAGGGACUGACUCCCUGUCUGCUGGAGGGGCUUCUGGUCCCACCCCACAACGUGGAGGGGCAGGUGUUGCUAUGACUACGACGGGGUUCCUCUCCCACCGGGGUCUGCAGCUGACAGAGCCUGCUUCAACCGCUGGGACGUACGUGGCUCUGGCUCCCACGUCUUCACUUAGUAAGGACCUCCCCUCUACGACGACAACGGGAGACUCAUGCAGAAGGAAAAAAACAAAGACCAACGUUCCUGUGACGCGCAGGAAGAAAGGUCAAAUGGACACAGCCAUUAAGAAGACUUCAGUGAAGCACUGUACCAGUAUGAGCUCUGCUGCUGGUUCCACCUCCAGCCCCUCCACCUCCAGCCUCUCCACCUCCAGCCUCUCCACCUCCAGCCCCUCCACCUCCAUCCCCUCCACCUCCAGCCCCUCCACCUCCAGCUCUGACAGUAGGCUGUCGUCAGGCGAACCGGACAGAGGAGGAGGAGGAUGGAGCGAAAGGAAAUGGAUCGUGAACGAGUCGAAGCUCAAGGAGCUUUUCCAGACGUGUCACCAGUGCGGCGCUGCGUUGCGUAAUCGGACCAUAACCGCGUUGGGCUACAGCCAAAUCAAAGUGACCUGGACUUGUCCCGAUGAGCACCGAGGAGAGUGGCAGUCGUGUCCCGACGCGUUCGGUAUCGGUCACUACCUGCAGACGGUUGGUUACAGAGUGUUGCUGGACUCCAUGAAUAGUCAGUUUGUAAGUCACGACUAAGUAUCUACUACAGU